AUGCCGCUUCAUCUGGUGGAGCAGAGUAAGUGGGAGGAGUUGGAUCUGGAUUCAACCUCGCCCCCUGGAUCUCGUGUUCUGCAACAGUAUUACAACUUUUGGGUGGAUAAAGACAAUGUCACAGAUUCUUUGCAGAGAGAUGAGGAGCCCGAGGCAACCAGUUCUGUUGUGACUGACGCAGGAGCAAAUGUUCCUCUUGGGACUCAAUCAACCCUUGUGCCCUUUAUGGACAAGCACAACUUUACUGCUCUGCCCCAGUGGAAAUGUGAGGAUCUGUAUCGAUUGGAUCCACAGUUUAAACCGAGUGAAUGCACGGCAUCCUUGCGAAAUUCCUCUAAUCCAGUGUUUAUGGAGAAGUUUAUUCCAAACAUUCAGCUGUUUUUACAAAGCGAUCAUCUCAACGUGAGUGAGUGGAACCGGCUUUAUCACUUUAACAACCCCUUUGGCUAUAUGGGACUCAAUUACACAGCCAUAAAAGCAGCUGUUGACACCAUCCCUAAGCUUGCAUCUACCCAGUUACUACAAGUACCCACAAGAGCGAACGAUGGCUGUAUUCACUGUGCUGUUGUUGGGAAUGGUGGCAUUCUCAAUGGCUCCAGGCUAGGAAUGGAGAUUGACUCUAAUGAUUAUGUGUUCAGAGUGAAUGCAGCCAUUAUUGCAGGACAUGAGGAGGAUGUUGGGAAAAGGACAUCUGUUUAUGUGCACACAGCACAUUCCUUAAUCCAGUCCCUCAUGUUACACAAAAACAGAGGUUUCAAACAGAUUCCUACUGACAAGGACAUUAAAUAUGUUCUAAUCCCUGAGGGUCCAAGAGACUACAACUUUUUAGAGUCCCUUAUGAAGAACAGAAAAAUACCAUCAGGAGCAUAUAAUGGACGAACGCCAAGGAAUUAUUACAGUGGGCAUUUUAAUGAAAGUUCUUACUACAUCCUCCAUCCAGACUUUCUGAGAUAUGUGCGAAACAGGUUUCUUAAAGCAAAACAAUUAAAAACUAAAAGAUGGUGGUUGGUCAGACCCACUAAUGGCGCAUUUACACUUAUGCUGGCUAUGCACACGUGUGACAUUGUGAGAGUCUAUGGUUUUAGCACGGUCGACUAUCGGAAAUAUCCAACCUACUACUAUGACACCAAAUACACUAAACUAGUGUUUUUUGCUAAUCACGAUUAUAGUUUAGAGAUGAAAACCUGGAAGAAAUUUCAUGAAGACAAAUUUAUCUGGCUGUAUUUGGGAAAAUCUGAUAUCUAAGUGAAUCUGUGUUUCUUAAAAGUAUAGCCUAAUUCAGUUUCCUUAAUGACCAAAAUAAUUACUAAUACAGUUCAGUCAGUG